AUGGCCACUAUCACACAGACCGUCAGCAGCCCUGCGCCCACGCUGUCUACUACAGCUGAUCAUGACCGAAUCGUCGUCAACGGCAUGGCGAAAGACUCGAAUCCGCCCCAACUGCAGAUCCAGGCCAAGACUAAAGAUGGCAGGCCUCUGAAAAUGAGGACCCAGCCCAAGUUUGAUAACCCAGAGGACGAGAGACUGUAUCGAAAACAACACCUCGCCGCAGCCUGUCGAGUGUUUGCUUCCCGGGGAUUUGACGAGGGUGUUGCUGGCCAUAUUUCCGUCAGGGAUCCCAUACUGACUGACCAUUUCUGUACGUCAUUCGCUACCACCGGGCAGAAACUUCCUAACAUGUUGGAUCCAGGGCUGAACCCUCUGUGUCGUCAUUUCUCUCUGAUGAAGGCCUCCGAUCUCAUCCUCGUUGAUGAAGAGGGUAAUGUCGUUGAGGGCGACGAGCCCAUCAACUUAACCGCUUUCACCAUCCACGCUGCUAUCCACAAGGCCCGGCCUGAUGUCAACGCCGCUUGCCAUGCGCACAGCGUGGCAGGCAAAGCAUUCUCCGCGUUUGCUCGGGAUCUUGAGCCAAUUACACAGGAUGCACUACGUUUCUAUAAGGACCUCGCUAUAUACAAACAGUUCAAAGGCGCCGUUGUCGACGACGAGGAGGGCGAACGCAUCGCCGAGGCCCUCGGACAUUGCAAGGCCGCUAUUCUGAUGAACCAUGGUCUUCUUACCGUCGGAGGAACGGUCGACGAGGCUGCGUUCUGGUUCCUCAGCCUGGACAAGUCCUGCCAGGCCCAGCUGAUGGCCGAUGCCGCCGCCGCCGCGGGAUACAAGAAGAUAUAUAUCGAUGAACAAGAGGCCGAGUAUACAGCAAAGCAGGUCGGCGGGCCGGAAAAGGGCUGGCUUGCCUUUCAACCAUACUUUGAUGAACAGGUGGCCAAGUCGAAUGGCGAACUCCUAAAGUAG